AUGAACAACUUAGGAGUAAUGUUCAUCAAAGGAGAAGUUGUCAAACUCGCACCACUCGAAGGUGUUAAGAUGGUUCGAAAGGCAGCUGAUGAACUUAAUGAUCCAGAUGCACUCUUCAACAUGGGUCUCAUUUUCUUGAAGGGUUUGGGUGUUACAGCAGAUCCUGCUUUCGCACAGAACUACUUCCAGAAGGCAGCUAAGAAUGGAAAUAAGACUGCUGAAUUAUACUUGCAACAGUAA